AAAAGAGACAUGCUGCUUAGUUCUAAGAUUACCACGAAGUACUGCAUGAGAGUUGCUCGUCUAACUUUACCAAAUAUCACUCGUUUGUGACGUGCAUAAACAUAAAAGUACUUGGUCGAGGUCUUUUGAUUAUUCACUAUGGGGGAUGCUGAGUUCCAAGCUGCUGGACAAUCCACAAGUCCCAACAUGUCUAGUAAGAAGAAAGAGCUUCUUUCCACUGCUAUGAAGAGAACUAGUGAAUGGAUCUUUUCGCAGGAGAUUCCAAGUGAUGUUAUUGUUCACGCUGGAGGAACGCCCUUCUCUCUGCACAAGUUCCCACUGGUCUCAAAGUGUGGAUACAUAAGGAAAUUGGUCUCUGAAUCCAAUGAUGCUGAUCUUUCUGAAAUUGAAGUUCCUGACAUUCCUGGUGGAGCAGAGGCGUUUGAACUUGCAGCAAAGUUUUGCUAUGGAAUAAAUUUUGAGAUAAGUACAGAAAACAUAGCCAUGCUUAGAUGUGGCGCUGAGUAUCUUGGGAUGACAGAGGAAUGUGCUAUUGGAAAUCUAGUUGGAAGAACCGAAGCUUACCUAAAUGAAGUGGCACUCAAAAGCCUUGCAAGUGCGGUUUCCAUUUUGCAUUCCACAGAAAGUUUUCUUCCGGUGGCAGAGGAAGUAAAAUUGGUUAGCCGGUGCAUAGACACAAUUGCUUAUAUAGCCUGCAAAGAUAACCAAUUUGCUACAUUAGGUAGGGCAGACAGUGGCAACCAUGGCAUAAAUUCCUCAAUGGUGUUUCAACCUAAAGCAAUUGUUGAUUGGUGGGCUGAGGAUUUAACUGUCCUUAGAAUUGAUAUGUUCCAACGGGUGCUUAUUGCGAUGAUGGCUAGGGGAUUUAAACAAUAUUCCCUUGGUCCGAUACUGAUGCUAUAUGUGCAGAAAUCACUUCGAGGUUUGGAAAUAUUUGGAAAGGGAAGGAAAAAAAUUGAGCUGCGACAAGAACACGAGAAGAGGGUUGUUUUAGAAACAAUCGUUAGUCUUCUACCGAGAGAGAAGCAUUCCUUGUCCGUCAGCUUUCUCUCGAUGCUGCUUAGGGCUGCAAUUUAUCUGGAAACGACGUUUGCUUGCAGGCUUGACUUGGAGAAGAGGAUAGCUUUGCAACUAGGACAGGCUGUGCUAGAUGAUCUCUUAAUUCCCUCGUACUCUUUCACUGGAGAUACACUAUUCGACGUGGAGACAGUCCAGCGGAUAAUGAUGAAUUAUCUAGAUCAUGAAAUGGAGGGGCACAGAUCAGGACUUAAUGCAGAUGAAGAUCUUCUUUCUCCAUCUACUGACAUGGAAAGAGUAGGGAGGCUAAUGGAGAAUUACCUUGCUGAAAUCGCUUCUGAUCGAAACUUGUCUGUUUCGAAGUUUGUUGGUCUUGCUGAACUCUUACCUGAACGUUCAAGAAUCACAGAAGAUGGCAUGUAUAGGGCAAUUGACAUCUAUUUAAAGGCUCAUCCUGCAUUAAGUGACAUGGAGAGAAAGAAAGUCUGCAGCGUAAUGGACUGUCAAAAGCUGUCCAGGGAAGCCUGCGCUCAUGCAGCUCAGAAUGAUCGACUUCCGGUUCAAACUGUCGUUCAAGUGCUUUACUAUGAGCAACAACGCCUUCGGGAGGCAGUCGAUGGCACGGAAGGUGAAACCCCUAAUCUUGCCCUCAAGGUAAAUCAGCACCCUGCUGGCAGCCACACAGCUCCACAAGAACUCUCAAGCUUGCGAAAAGAAAAUCAGGAUCUGAAAUUGGAACUAGUGAAAAUGAGAACAAGAUUGCGAGAACUUGAAAAAUCUUCAGAUAAAUCCUAUGCAGCCAGUCCCUUGGUUAUCACUCUUCCCUCUGCUGAGAAGCCUCCAUUGCCUAGAAAAUCACUCAUCAGUUCUGUCUCGCGAAAACUGGGCAAGAUUAAUCCAUUUCUUCGUGCUGAUGCACUUUUCCCUUCAAAUGCAAAAGUUCGGAGCAAACCUAGCAAGGAUCGGAGGCAUUCCAUAUCAUAACAACGCUGUAUGCUUCAGUUUUCCAGGAUUUUCGACGCUCCAAGAAAACAGAUUCAGAUUAUGCAAAUUUAUUUGUUCUGCCGAACUUGAAUCCAGCCGGCAGAUGGUUGCUCUCUAGUCUGGAAUGAUAGGCACCGGCGACCCAGUGGUGUAUCGUGUCAGCGGACAUAUUAGUUCAAUGACUUCAAUCUAGGAAAGCGAUUCUGGGGACCUAAAAGUUCAGCAUCUGGUUAUUGGAACCGGUGGGGUAUCUGGUUAAAUUGAAACCAAAAAAUAGAGCACGAUACACAGGCUACAAGUGUUCUCAUCAUGUCCAUUGGUCCACGUCCGAGGCAAAUUAUUGUAGAACUUCAAAUAGGAGGAUAAUUACAUCAUUGAACUUUCUGGUUCAAAGAUUGGAUGAGUUCAACUUUAAGAGAGAGAGAGAGAGAGAAGUCGAUCAUAUACAUUAUUGCUGGGAGCCUUAUUUAAUUGGAAUUAGGAAUCUUGAUGUUCAUUUGGUGGCAGACAAAUUGUUGGAUAUAAUUUCCAUGUGGUAGUUGGAGAACCAAAGAACAUCAAAUAGAAUACAAGCUAGAAACGAAAGUAUUGAAUCA